AUGAAUGGACGUUUGCUCGCCGUGCUCACCACCUUGAUCAGUUUCCAGUGUUCUUGUGCGCAGCUGGAGUUCUCGAAAUGUUACUCCGUGAGCAAGUCAGGAGCGUUCGGAACGUGCGGGACUGUUUCCUACAACUUCAAGUUCUGUGCCCGAUCGCAGGACGAGGCAGACAAUCAGGCAGACGUCAUCAUCCUCGCCAACUCUAACACCGCCCCGAAGACAGAGGAAGACUGCAAGAGCCGAGCCAUUUCGAUCUGCGGAUCUCAGGCCAAGGAGGGGGUUACAUGCGCGGACUACUGCAAGUUCUCCCCGGGCAACACAGUGCAGUGUCAGAACGACGGGGACUGCCUCGCAAAGCGUUCCACGAAGACCUGCUGCUCCUUCUACACCUCCAUCUUCACUGGGCUCUGUGCCAUGAGCGCAAGCGACAUACAGCUCAGGGUCACGUCCCUUGAGAGCAACUCCACCUGCCUGUCAAAGGAUUGCUACUCCGCUGCGAGCUCGACCUCUUCCAGCUCGCUCUGGUUGACAACCGUCGCCUUGCUGACCUCUCUUGCUCUGCUCCGCUUGUGA